AUGGCCUCCCCCAAUUCCCUCUCAUCCGCCCACAACAGCAGCCUCUACCGACCAAUGUCCCGACCCACGGUUUCACGAUCGGGUUCCCGGCGGGCCUCACCAGCACUCCCGCACCCAUCAACAGAGGACCACCACAUCUCCAGGAGAUAUUCUGCGGGAGACAGUUCCGAUGAUGAGGUCCCGGAACCCAAAUUCAGCGCGUCAGUGAAAGCGCUAUUGGAUGAAGAUGGCUUGGGUUCAUCCCCCCAUCUUUCCCGACAAGAAGCAAACGACCGUUUUGCGGCAGCUUCGAGGCAACGAAGCCAGUCACCGCGCACAACCUCUCCCCGUGAUGGAUCUACAGGCAGCCCUGUACCACGAGUCGUCCGCAUUGGAGCGAUCUCUUCCGCCUCAAGAUUCUCUCGAGAAGGCUCUCCACUGUCCAACAGCCAGACUGCGGAGCCAGAAGCUCAGAACCGCGCCAAUGAUUUUAUUACUCCUGCACCACGGCCACGGAGUGUUCGAGUUAAUGCAUCCCGCAGCGGCACACGGUCGCCUGCCUCAAUAUCACCGUCUCUGAAGCGGUCCUCGGAACGCAAUUCGGGGGGCGAGCACGGCAGUGGAGAGCGAUCCGACAGCGAUCGGAAAUCACAUUAUGAAGACGAUCAUCUGUCACGAGUUAACCCGUCCUCAGUCGUGCGUGGCCGCAAUGGAGACGACUUGGCACCCCAGAGCUCUCUGCGGGUGAAGAGGGUUGGCAGACUCACUGGCACGUUUUUGAACGGCCCUGCCCGAAGGGGCGUGCUACGCAGACAGAGUGAAGAGAACAACGAUGAAGACCCUCAUCCCUACUUCUCCAACGAUGGCGCCGGAGAGAAACCGGAAACAGAUGAUGAAUAUCCACCUCGCAGCUCAGGAAAGGCAUCGUCCCCCAAAGUCUCAUGGGCUGACCCUAGCCCACCUUAUGAGAGCGGAGCCCGCCGGUCGCAACAUCCUGUUGUCUCGACUUCGGGCGAUGGUCCCUUCUCCAGGUCCUCGUCGCCCAAAUCAUAUGGGUCAAAGUCAACACCUGCAUCAUCGGAAAUGUCUUCCAAAUCCUCAAGCAUCAAGGAACAGCCAGCUUACAAAGUUCCAUCCUUGCCAGUUCUUCCAUCAGCCAGAGACCAGGAGAAUGAACCGCCACCAACAUUCAAGCGAACGAAACCUCAGGGGCCGAGUCUCCUGGAUAAGCCAGAAAAAUAUUCUGUCAUCUAUGAGACGGACAAGAAGGAUGCGGCCGAAGCCCCUGCUGCAACCUCCCCUCGCAAGAUCCUCGCCACGCGGAGCAACAACACACCUCACAGACCUGCUCCACCGCCACCAAAGAUGUCUGUGCUCGAAACCGCAACGGCGACUGCUGGUGCCUCGACAUCCCAGUCACGAAAAAAAAGGACACAGGUUUCCAUCAAUCAUAAACACUUCACUCGAUUGGAUUGCAUUGGCCGUGGUGGCAGUUCUCGCGUGUAUCGAGUGAUGGCCGAAAAUUAUAAGAUCUUUGCGCUCAAGCGAGUUAACUUGGAAGACGUCGAUCCCCUCACCUUGACCGGGUACAAGGGUGAGAUUGAUUUGUUGAAGAAGCUGGAGAAUGUUGAUCGUGUUGUACGCUUGUUUGACUGGGAGCUCAAUUCGGACAAACACGCUCUCAGCGUCCUUAUGGAGAUUGGGGAGUCGGAUCUGGAGAAGAUUCUCACAUAUCGAUUGAAUGCCGAGGAUGCCGUCUUUGACAUCAACUUCACUCGUUACUACUGGAAGGAGAUGCUUGAGUGUGUUCAGGCCGUCCACAACCACAACAUUGUUCACUCCGACUUGAAGCCAGCCAACUUCCUCAUGGUCCAAGGCCGGCUGAAGCUGAUCGAUUUUGGAAUUGCAAACGCGAUCCAAGACCACACUGUCAAUGUUCACCGCGAACAGCAAGUCGGUACCCCCAACUACAUGUCGCCAGAAGCCCUGGUCGACUCCAACGCGUCCCUUGGGCUCCCGGCUAGUGUUGGCAAAAUGAUGAAACUUGGCAAGCCUAGCGAUGUAUGGAGUUUAGGUUGCAUCCUGUACAAGAUGGUGUACGGUCAGCCCCCAUUUGCCAAGAUUGCCAAAUACUACGAGCGGAUCAUGGCUAUCCCCAACCCCCGGGUACAGAUCGACUUCCCAGCUUUUGGGGUGGGCGGAGCCCCCGUGCCUCCUGGUUUGAUUCGAACCUUGAAACGAUGCCUGCAGCGCGACCAGACCCUGCGGCCAACCAUCGAGGAGAUGCUCGGCCAGCGCGACCCGUUCUUGUCCCCUGAUGCUCAACUCGAAGGAGCUGUUCCCGUCACCCAGGAUAUGCUCGGCCGCAUCUUGGUCAACGUGGUCAAACACUGCAAGGUCCGUGGUGUGCCCACAGAAGAAGAGCUCGCUGCAUGGCCCGCUGGUUUUUUCGCCAAAAUCAAAGCAGCGUUAGAAGAAGAGAGUGCUUAG